CAAAAUAAAACCAUGCCUUCAUUUUAAAUUCAAAACAAAUAAUUAAAAAUUAAAUAAAAAUACUUAGAAUGAUAAAACCAACGUUAUUUAAUCAAAAAUAGUGUAGAUAUACUUUGUGUUAAUUAACGUUGUCCAAGAAAAUAUAUAGUGUCUAUAAAAUAAUUCACACAUUUAUAGGUUAAAAUUUUAAUAAUAAUUUUUACUAAUUUAUAUCUUUUACCAAAAUGGGUAAAGUAAGACGUCUCCGUAACAAAGCUGCCAAAGCAGCCUCAAACGAUAACCCACAUUCUACAAAUUUACCAGAAAAUGCUUCCACAAUGUCUUACGCUCAACUCAAAAAGUCUUUAUCGGACAUCGACACUAAAAGUGUUAAAUCAUUUAAGUCUCUUAAAUCAGAAAUGGGUAUUGAUAAACAGUUAUCGAAAAAAGACAAACAGAAGUUGAGGCAUGAUUUGUUUUUGCAUAAAAUUGAUACUACUAUUAAAUCCAGGAGCGAUUCUAGGAAGAAGAAUAGGAAAUUGAAAAAAGCUAUAUCAGGUAAUUUAGUUGAGCUGCACGAUGCUCUUCCAAGUUUAAAGUCUUUAUUGAAGCCAAAAGAUGCACCAGUUACUAAAAAUUUAAAUGCACCCAAACAAAAAGCAAUACAGAAAACAUAUACAAGGCAAAAACAAAAUAAAGCUGAUAAAAAUUUAUUCAAACGACUGAUGGAUCAUCCUGAAUUCAAAAAGAAUCCUCAAGAGGUUAUUGCAGCACAUAUACAAGCUACGUUGAUGCAAAAUAAUUAA